GAUGUCAUGUUGACAGCUCAUUGACAGUUGUGAUUGCCAGCAUGGCUGACCGCAAACACACUCGAGAGAUACUCACCGUAUUAAUCCUGUGUGUUUUGUGGUACGUUGUCAGCUCAAGCAACAAUGUCAUCGGCAAAACCCUCCUCAACGAAUUUCCCUAUCCGAUGACGAUGACAAUGGUCCAGUUGCUGUCAAUCACCGUUUUCAGUGGCCCCCUUUUCAACUUGUGGGGCAUUCGCAAGUACGCAGACAUCUCCUGGAGGUACUACUUCACUCUUAUUGUUCCCCUCGCCUUCGGGAAGUUCAUAGCAUCCGUAUUCUCGCAUGUCAGUAUUUGGAAAGUGCCAGUUUCUUACGCUCAUACAGUUAAAGCCACUAUGCCGCUUUUCACCGUUGUUCUUUCAAGGAUUCUCAUGAAGGAGAAGCAAACACUUAGGGUUUAUUUCAGUUUAAUCCCAAUUAUUACUGGGGUAGCUAUUGCCACCAUUACUGAAAUUAGUUUUGAUGUAAUUGGGUUGAUCAGUGCUCUGGUUGCAACCAUGGGAUUCUCAUUAAUGAAUAUUUUCUCAAAGAAAGUCUUGCAUGAUACAAACGUUCAUCAUUUGAGGUUGUUGCACAUUUUGGGGCGACUUGCACUCGUUAUGUUCCUUCCAGUUUGGGUCCUUGUUGACAUGUUCCGCCUUUUGAAAGACGACACUGUUGUAAAUGUAUCAAAUUUUCUGGAGAAAAAAAAUCUCAUCAGUUUGUUGCAGAAAUACCACGAUUAUAGAGUUAUAGGACUUUUAAUCAUGGACGGAGUUCUCAACUGGCUUCAGAACAUCAUUGCAUUCAGUGUUUUGUCUUUAGUGACCCCUUUGACAUACGCCGUCGCUAAUGCCAGUAAAAGAAUUUUCGUAAUAGCAGUCUCAUUAUUUAUUUUAGGAAAUCCCGUGACCGGGGCUAAUGUUUUUGGGAUGCUUUUAGCAAUUUUUGGGGUUUUAUUGUACAAUAAGGCGAAAUACGACGCCAAGCAAACGGAAAAGAAACAAACAAUACUUCCAUACAGCCAAAAUAGUUGGCAAGACCGGACGGGUUACACCGUCUUACAAAACGGUGAGGCCGUAAAACCGGUCAACGGUUUCACAGUCGUCAACGCCUCAAAUAAUAAUUCAUUUGUCUACAACUCAAAGUCCAGUUCUAGUAAUUUAUUGUUUGUGUGAGACACGUUAAGCUUAGCCAUAAUUUUUAAUGUUUACGACGGGAUUUGAAAUCCUGUGACAAUAGCGAAAUUAUCUUGGUUGUAAAUUUAGAAGUUGUAAGAUGCUAAAGUGAUCUGCAAACGGAAGUUCUCGCUAGUCACGAAAGUGCUUUUUACGAAUGUUACCAAACUCGAAAUUUACUUGUUUUUGUUGGUGCUCAACUACUUAUUACUUUUCUAAAGACUCCUUUAAUUGUUGUUAAGUAGGUAAUGAAAGUGUACCUAAUUGUACAUAUUAUAUAGUUGUGUUUUAUUUAUUUAUAUAUUCAUCAAGUAUUGUGGCCUCUAUGAUGAAAAAAUGCAGUCGCGGUUGAUUUUUUAAUGAUACCAUUGUUUUGAUCAUACAGUAUUUAUCAGCAAAAGUGUACAUAAAAAAGAAAAUAAAUAUUUUUAUACAAAUUUUCA